UUCUUUCGUUGAAUUAAUUGAUUAAGGCAAGCCGUCGACUGCUCCCGAAUGUCUGUGUCAAGAGAGCCAAAAUUAAGCCUAACUCUAGAAUAAUGGCCCAAACAAGCGAAUCAUUAACCAACAUUGAGAGGAGGGAAAGAAAAACAGAUGAACCUACCAUUAAAGAAAGGGAAGAGAAUUUCAGAGAGAAAAAAGCAGUUCCAGCAUGUCAAAGGUCGAGUCCUCGACUUCCUAUAUCGGAAUUCCUGCUGUAUGCCACGGUGGUUAUAGUUGUUUAUAGUUAUGCCACAUACCAACUGUAUAAGUCAUCACAAGCCUUUCAGAGGAAGACGAUAAAUGGACGUGGCCUACUUCAACCUGGCUGGGAGAUCUUGGGAAAGAGGUACCAAGAUAUGAUGCCUGGGGAAUGGAACCAUUGGAAGUUUUUCACCCUUCACCCCACACCCCUGGCUAUUUACGCAGGUCACCUGACAGGUGGAUUCAUUAUCUCUAAAUACCUGCCACAUUUCAGGAAGAGUUUCCUCAUCUUCUCAUCUGUAGUGAGUACUGCCAUCAUCGUCAGCCCUCAAGUCUUUGCUCUCCUGAUAAUCCAUGCCAUCAUAGCAUACUUGGUUGUAAUCCUAGGUCGUCGUACAUGGUUGAUAUGGAUGGUGGUUCUCAUUCAGCUGUCAGUGACUGUAAUUGGAUCUUUCUCUCAAUGGCAGCUUUCAUUACUUCCUGGGAUCAGAGAAUACAAAGUCAAAUUUAUCGUCGCCAUGGCAUUCUGCUGUCUGCGUUUUAUCGCCUUUGGUGUGGGCUACGUGAAGCAGCAGCAGAGAGCGAGGGUGGAGAGCUGUGAGGAUGAGGGAAAGAAGGAUGAGGAGGAAGCAUGGACUAUCUGGGACUACCUGCUGUAUGUAUUCUAUCUACCUACCAGCACCCAUGGCCCCUUCAUGCCCCCACAGAUCUUCUUUCGGCAGAUCAAGAAUCCCUACUACCCAUCCAGCAUGAAAGAAGUCCGAUGGGUGUGUCUCAUGUGGCUCCGCCCAAUCCUGUGCGCUGUCUUCCUGGAGUUUAUUCAUCAUUACUUCUACUUCUCCAGUUUCAUGCUACUACCUCAGUAUCUUCAGACAUUGCCUCUGCCUGCCUUGUUUGCCUUGGGAGAGUGGUGCACUAUCAUAUUUCAGAUACAAUACAUGGUUUAUUAUGGGUUAGCAAAAGCUAUGGCUAUUUUUGAUGGGGUCCUGACACCAGGCUUGCCAGCAUGCAUGCAGACUUUACUGACAGCUACACAUGGAUGGAGGUAUUUUGACAGGGGAGAGUACCAAUUUAUAUUGAGGAACAUCUACAUUCCGUUCGGUGGAUCUCAACAUGGUGGUCUACGGCAGUACCUAGCUCUGAUGAUCAGCUACUGUUUCACAUGUUUCUGGCAUGGCUUCAAUUAUCAUAUCAUUGUCAUGGUUCUCAUGUUCUGGGUCUUGGUGCAGUGGGAAGCUUUCUCACCUAUCAUAGCUAGAAAGGUUGGAGUUCAGAAAAUGGUUGAGAAGCUGUCUCCUCUGACUAGACGAAGACUGGACUGCGCCCUGACCGGAGGAAAGUAUCCUCUCCUGGUCUUAGCUAUGAUCUUCUUCAUCAACAACAUAGAGGUUGGCAAGAUCUUUGUCUACAGGGUUCUAGGUGCACAGGGUGCAUUGUGGGUUAUAGCGGGACUCCUUGGGGUGCAUUAUUGCCAUGUUCAGCUCUUAGAGGAAUGCUUCUGCCGCUGGGGAAAGAAGUAUGUGAUGGAGAAACACUACAUGGCUCCCCCACAGCUCUGAGUGGUAGAAACUCGUUAUCAAACAAUGUGGGAAUGUAUCUGGCUGAAGGGGAAAGAAGUAUUAUAAAUGUGUGGGAGAAACAGUGCAUGGCUUGUUUGAGGUUCUCCACAUCCAUUUUCCUAUUAAUCAGCCUUACAAUAAUUCUAGUAAUAUGCAUUUGACAAUCAGAAUAAUCUGAUCAAUACACAAGAGUUCCGACAGUUGUUUUUGUAGCUUCUAGUCAGAAAGGAAUUUAAAGGCCAUGCAUCUGCAAUUCCAAGUUGUUCAUCAGUGUUGCUUCAGAUCCUGACAACUUGUAAAACCACUACAUACUUUGCUAUAGCUAUGUUUUGACAUUUCAAUGAAUAUGGCGAAAAAUCAUUAAUGGCACUUCUUGCCUCUUUUUUCUUCUCCAGGUCAAUUUCUAAUGAAUAUGAUUUUGUUUUGGUCAAAUUUCCUUUACAUCAGCUUACCUUAUUAUUCACACACACAGCCAUCAUCAUAACCUUGCCAUAUAGCAUUCAAGUAAGUUUGAUAUUUUUUUUCUGUUCAGGGUUACUUUGAAUUUAUAUAAAUAUAUUACUACAAUGCUGCUUCUGCUUUGGCAUACCGGUAUGGAAGCAAUGGAAGACAAAAAAAUAGAGUGUGGAAAAUUAAUUUCAGUUUAAUUAUGUGUCAAUAAGAGAGAGAGAGAGAGAGAGAGAGAGA